AUGACUGACAAACAAUUUGAAGAAGCCGCUGAACUGGUGAAGAAGCUAAAGACUCGUCCAACUGAUCAAGAGUUGUUGGAGAUUUAUGGCUUGUACAAGCAAGGCACUGAGGGCGACUGCAACAUUCCUAAACCAGGAAUGUUCGACUUGAAGGGCAAAGCCAAGUGGGAGCACUGGAACUCUCUGAAGGGUGAGCUGAUAAUGCAGCUAUCUUUUCAGCAAUUUUUACAAUUCGAAGAAGCCGCUGAACUGGUGAAGAAGCUAAAGACUCGUCCAACUGACCAAGAGUUGUUGGAGAUUUAUGGCCUGUACAAGCAAGGCACUGAAGGCGACUGCAACAUUCCUAAACCAGGAAUGUUUGACUUGAAGGGCAAAGCCAAGUGGGAGCACUGGAACUCUCUGAAGGGCAUGAGCAAGGCUGACGCUCAGAAGAAGUACAUUGCCAAGGUCCAUGAGUUGGCCAAAACCUACGGCACCAACUGA